AUGUCUGUCCAGGACAAUGCCAGAUUCGACUUCAUUAUCGUUGGUGGUGGUACUGCCGGCAACGUGGUAGCCGGCCGCCUGGCCGAGAACCCCAACGCGAGAAUCUUAGUUGUUGAAGCUGGUGUUGGUAACUCGAAAGACAUCGAGGAGAUCAGAACCCCCUCGGAAGCGAUGCAGCUUCGAAACAGCCAGUAUGACUGGGCCUACAAAUCAACCAUAGUCAAGCGAGAAGACUAUGAACGGGUUGAGAAGCCCAACACCCGCGGCAAGGCUCUCGGUGGUAGUUCGUCCCUGAACUACUUCACCUGGGUUCCUGGGUCCAAGGGGACCUUUGAUAUGUGGGAAGAGUAUGGUGGAAAGGAGUGGACUUGGGACCCUCUCGUUCCCUACCUGCGAAAGAGUGCGACCUACCAUGACGAUGAUGAGGCAUACGCGCCAGAACUGAAAAAGAUCGGCCUAAACGGUCCGAUCCCGAUUUCACAUUCCGAACUUAUUCCUGAGAUGGAGCCGUUCCGUGACCUCCUCACCAAUGCGUGGAAGUCCACUGGCCAGCCAAUCAACGAGAACAUCUUCGACGGUGAAAUGGUUGGCCUGACCCAUAGUGUCAACACGAUUUACAAAGGUCGCCGCUCUGGCAGUUUCCUUUGUGUUGAUAAGCCAAAUAUCACCAUCCUUCCCUUAGUGCACUCGAAGAAGCUUAUUAUUGACGACGUCGAUAAAACCUGCAAGGGUGUGACUGUUAUCACAGGUUCUGGUCAAGAACUAAAUCUCUAUGCUACCCGAGAAGUCAUCGUCUCGCAGGGCGUCUUCGAGUCGCCUAAGCUGCUGAUGCUUAGUGGUAUCGGGCCUGCCGCUGAGCUUAAGAAGCACGGUAUCCCAGUGAUCAUCGAUCACCCCCACGUUGGUCAGCAUCUCUUGGAUCACCCUGGCGUUCCUUUCGUCCUUCGCGUCAAGGAUGGCUUCGGUAUGGAUGACUACAUCCUGCGCAAAGGAACCCCCCAUAACAAUCAGGCCAUCCAAGCCUACCAGACCAACCACAGCGGUCCACUAGGCUCCGGCUUCCUUGAAAUGGUCGGAUUCCCUCGGAUCGACAAGUACUUAGAGAAUGACCCCCAGUACCGCCAGGCUAAGGCCUCGAACGGGAAUAAAGACCCAUUCUGCCCGUACGGCCAGCCUCACUUCGAGCUCGACUUCGUCUGUCUUUUCGGUAGCGCAUUCCAAUGGCACUAUCCCACCCCAAUCAAGGGCAACUACAUGACUGUCAUGGUUGACCUUGUCCGCCCUGUCUCCGACCCCGGUGAGGUCACACUCAACAGCGCUGACCCGCUGCAACAACCCAACAUUAACCUGAACUACUUCAACAACGACCUCGAUAUAAUCGCCCUCCGCGAGGGUAUUAGAUAUACCUACGAUGUCCUGAAGAAUGGUCCCGGCUUUAAGGAUAUUAUUGAGGAUGAGUAUCCCUGGGAGAUGCCUCUGCACGAUGACAAUCUCAUGAAAAUGGCCGUCCUGGACCGCUCCCAGACCUCUUUCCACCCUUGCGGUACUGCCCGUCUCUCGAAGAACAUCCAGCAGGGCGUGGUCGACCCUAACCUCAAGGUCCAUGGAAUUAAGAACCUCCGUGUAAUUGACGCAUCUGUUAUCCCUGUCAUUCCUGACUGCAGAAUCCAGAACUCUGUGUACAUGGUCGGUGAGAAGGGUGCAGAUGCCAUCAAGCGUGACCACAGUGACUUCUACAAAUAA